CAUAGAUUGACAAGGGUGUCAGCAAAUUGCUUCUACGCGCUGGUAUUUCCUGUAUAGUACUUUUUUAAUAUGGCGAAGACUUACGAUUAUUUGUUCAAACUGCUUCUUAUCGGGGACUCUGGGGUCGGGAAGACCAGCGUAUUAUUUAGGUUCUCAGAGGAUGCCUUCAACUCUACCUUUAUAUCUACAAUAGGUAUUGACUUCAAAAUUAGAACUAUAGAAUUAGAUGGCAAAAGAAUUAAACUACAAAUAUGGGAUACUGCAGGACAGGAACGGUUUCGCACAAUCACAACAGCUUAUUACCGAGGGGCAAUGGGUAUUAUGUUGGUAUAUGAUAUCACCAAUGAAAAUUCCUUUGACAAUAUCAAAAAUUGGAUCAGAAAUAUAGAGGAACAUGCGUCAGCUGAUGUUGAGAAAAUUAUCCUUGGGAGCAAAUGUGACGUCAAUGAAAAACGACAGGUAUCCAAAGAGAGGGGCGAAAAGUUGGCUCUUGAGUAUGGAAUUAAGUUCAUGGAGACUAGUGCGAAGGCAAAUAUCAAUGUUGAAAAUGCAUUUUUCACAUUGGCAAGAGACAUCAAAGCAAAAAUGGACAAGAAAAUGGAGGGGAACAGCCCUCAAGGAAGCAACCAAGGAGUCAAAAUCACUUCAGACCAGCAAAAGAAGAGCAGUUUCUUCUGAUGUGUUCUUCUGUGAGGGACCCUGCCUUAUUGGAGAGCCUUCGCUCCUCUGAACUGGACUGUGCCUAUAUCUGAAUUCUCAUAGUCUUUACAGACAUAAAACCUUAAACCACCAGCUCUGCCACACUCCAGCUACCUGAAACCAGUGACAAGCUCUGGCUACCUUAAUCUGUUUCACUUAUCUGCUGUGGCAUAAAUUCUGUUUGUAGAUUUCCCCAUGGUUUGUUUUUUUCCCU